UAUAUAUAUAUAGUUAGUUCCUCUUCUUCGAGUCAGUUUCUUUCCUAGUUCGGUUUUGAGAACACUGCGGGAACUGUAGAACUACUCAUCGUCGAUCUCGGUUCGCCGUUUCGUUACGCGUCACAUAAUCGAGGAGCAACAAGCCUGUAGUUGUAUGUAAACACAUUGUGCGUUUCGUUUUGGGAUACUUAUAUCUUCCGUCGAGUUUACCAAAACCUGACGAGGUUUUGCUGAAGAGAAGUGCGGUACCACUACUGCUAAGAAGAAGAAGAAGAAGAAGAAGAAGAAGAAAAAGAGGAAGAAGAAGAAGGAGGGCAGCCCGAAAGUCAUGGACUUUGUCAUUUUAAAGGUCAACGGAAAGGACGUUUCCAACUCGAGCCACGAGGACGCGGUUCGGUGCUUCGAGUCUGCCCAGGAACCCAUUAUCGUCGAAGUCCUGCGGCGGCAGCCGGGUCAUCAGAUGGUUCACCAGCAGUCCGGAAAGGACGGUGGUGCUGACAGAGCGACAAGCCAGGACAAUAAACUGGAGAAGGACGACGAGGACACCGUCAAGGAAAUCAAUUCGGCGAGCAGCCCGCUCGUGUCGACCGCCGUCCAGACCGACUGGGCUGGCCUCAUCGAAGAGGAACUGAUCCUGGAUCCACUGAACAUCGAGGAGCAGCCGAACGACAGUUUCGAAGAUUAUUUACCCCAGCACAUAAACUUCGAGGAAGUGACGUUACGGAAGAGCGGAAGCGCUGAGAAACUUGGUCUGACAGUGUGCUACAGUUCCGGUUCUGGUAGCGAAGACGCUGACACUGAGGUCUACAUCUCGGAAAUAGUUCCUGAAAGUCUCGCCGCACGGGACGGACGACUCCGAGAGGGUGAUCAGAUCCUACGGGUGAAUGGUCGAGACGUCGCAAACAAGGAACAAACCGAGUGUCUAUUCGCCGAAACUAAGAACGCCGUCACUCUGUUGGUCAGCCGCUGUUUCUAUCAGGAUGACGAAUACGAUGAGCAUCGCUUGUACCAGCACGACUCACCGUCCAGUUCGCCGGACAACAACCCGGCGUACCAAAACAGCAUGAUAGAGCAGCUUAUCAGGCAGCAACAGGAGUCCGAGGACCCGACGAAAGACACUGAGACGAAGACUCUGACCUCUGGAAAAGCCGCGCUACCACCGCCACCAGUUCCGUCUCAUACGGCUCAACAACUGCAGAUGAACAACUCGCAGUCGGACGAGCGGAAACAGUGGAUGCAAGACGCGCUCAAGGAUUGUUCGAAGAAGAUGGAAGUGCUCAACCUCAGGGCUCAGCAGCCUGGACCUCCAGUGCCCCCCAUCAGAUUGAUGGAGGCUUACACGAGUCACGUUUGGAGCGAUACGGAGCACAUCUACGAGACGAUACCAGAGUCGGACAGCGAGCCCAUAUACUCGUCGCCUUACGAGCAUCAUCACUGGGUUCAGACCCAGCAGAGCGUGGGCGUGAAUAACCGCUCGCAGACGGCGGGCCAGACAAAGCCGUGGAACUCGUCAUCGAAGAGUAACAGUUCCGGUGAGGAAAAGGAGAGCUCGAGUGCUUACAACACCGGGGAAUCUUGCCACAGUAAUCCUCUAACCUUGGAGCUCCAUCAGGGAGAAAAGGAGCACCAUAAAAGCACCCUGAUCCUCUGUCCACCGCAACAAAAGGGCCUGCAACAGUCGAAGACCAGCCCGAUGAUCAACGCAGCUACGAAUCCAACCGUGACACCGGUCACGGGAUGUUCCUGCCCAUUAUCCUCCUCACAACACGCGGGAAAACAGUCCAAGACUCAACCUUCUUCGAGGAAGAGCAGCCACCAGUCACAGAGGGAGCACAGAUCGGAUGUUACCAACGCCAGCACUCUUCCGGCCGACACGAUGUACACCAACGCUGCUAACCUUCAGCAGACCAUAUUGCUCCAGCAGGAGCUGUUUAAACAGGCUCUUAUGACCCGUCAGACAUCCCCGGGUCAUUGCCAGAUCCGGGAAGGGGGCGCGAGGAAGUCGAAAUCCCACGGAAACUUUCAAGCUCCAAAUCUCACGCGGUAUCAAUUCGUUGGUAGCCAACAGGUCUGCACAUCAACGUGGGUCCCGCCUGAGGAUAAAUGCGAAGUGCAAAUGGAGUGGAAGGUUAAGAGGCGGCCUGACGGCACCAGGUACAUCGCUAGGAGACCUGUUAGGAACAGGAUACUGAGGAAUAGGGCCAUCAAGAUAUCGGAGGAACGCGCUGGGCACACAACGGAGGAUGACACCAUGUCGGAGAUGAAGGUUGGAAAAUACUGGAGUAAAGAGGAGCGCAAGAGGCAACUGGAACGGGCUCGAGAGAGAAAACAGCGUCACCAAGAACUGCAACUGCAGCAGCAACAGCAGCUGCAACAGCAACAGCAGCAACAACAACAGCAGCAACAAAUUCUUCCCCAGUCACAGUCGAACGAUUUAACGAUAGGCGACUACAACGACGAUAAGAUAAUGAAGAAACCGCUCAAUAUCGUCGAGUUAAGCCAGAAAAAAAUGGCCCGCAAAAAAACUACGAUAGAUGACUUUACGACGGUGCAAGAGAUGCUGGUGCACGGGAACCGGGUUGGCGGUGGUUCUGGCCCAGGUACGGGUGGCAAAUUGAUGGGUCUUCUCUCCGUUACUACAGUUUAAAACAACUAUCGAUAAUCGUACGCAACGUGGUACAGAGACAAGGACGGAGAAAUGAGCAGGCAAUCAUAUCGGUAAAUUUCCUGCAAGGUCGAUGACGGAGGAGCCGCCAUUUACAAAACGGCCUCGUUACUACGCGAGGCAACAUCAAGCAGAGGCAGCAUUUGCCGAAUCGGACAAAACUCUCAUAAAGUCGCAGCUUUACCUCCAGUGUGCAUCUCCUGGGCCACUGUUUUUAUUAUUAUAGGCGCUACGUCGCCCAGCCAGUGGUCACUUUCGUACCUAAAGGUUACGGUGGCUGUGCCUUUUUCGAUACGAUCAACCAGUAAAUAAGUCAUACUAUAUAGUCAUUACUCUGCAAGCGUUAUGUAUGUACGUGUAUAUCCGUAGAGAUGUUGUUAUUAUGCAUAUACCUAUUAUGUAUAUCACGCAGUUUAUUCCAUAGCGUAGAGAACAGCAUGUCUGACUAACGGAACGCAAAUUCGAUCGGGUAUCAAAGAUGGCGCCGUGAUCUAUCGGCGGCCUCGGAGUUUUCUUCGCUAAUCAGAAUAGUUUAGCUGCCCGAUAGGGGGAAACUUGAACGUCUCCCAAUCGUGCCAGCUCCGGAAAGUUUACACGAACUUGAAUUUCGCCAAACCUCAGCAGCGUUCAGUAGAACACAGGAGCUCAAUUCGCCAGUUGGGCGCAUCCUUCAUUUUUUCAUACUCCUUUAAACUACCAAACUCUGUUUGAGUUCAGAAAAUGAUCAGAUAAUCCACUUCAGUAAAAAAUGGAUAAGUAAAAGACGAAAUAUCAGUGAUAUGAACUGAUUUAAAAAUGCGAAGUUAUACAUCAUAUCGAUUGAAGUUGAUUAGGUGAACAAAUAAUACAGAGAAAAUCAAACUAACCGAUCUUGGAGUGACGCGUUCCAAGUAUAACUAGAUGUAAAAAUAAUCUAACCGAAAAUUUUGUAAUAUUUGUAAACUAAAUAACGGUAUAGCAAAUCGAAUAAGACAAAACUGCGCGUUAAUUGGCGUAAAUUAAUAUGAUAUCGACUAUACGUACACAUAGCUUGGCUGCAAAUGUUAUUAUUUAUCCUUAUGUGCUUCUGAGAAAACAAAACAAAGAGAAAAAAAAUCCGAGUAAAUAGUAAUACUUCUCGUAGAAAUAAUUAGCACAUAUUAAAAGCCACGAUACCUAAGUUGUAAAUAUUUAUAAUAUUGUACGUAACUAGGCUGUUUUACAAGAAUAAAAUAAUAUGUUAUGAGAUGAAAAAAAUCGCCGCCUAUAGAAGUCUGUAGAUAUGUAUAAUAAACGUAAACAAGCUAUUACGUAAUGUAUUAAAUAAUAAUAGCAGCCAUCGUCAUUGCUUUGCGAAUAAAAUAAAAACAAAAAAUAUCAAUAUCUGCGGUUAAAAAAGCACGUCAAACCUUUUCAGUAUCCACAGUUACAUGGCUUCAUAAAAGUUAUUCACCCUCUAUCGAUUAUCGUUAUCUUCGACACGUCUGUGGUCAAAAAUAUGGAGCGACAAAGGAAAGGGAGGACGAAUUGAUCGAUUCACGUUACAGUGAUCGGUAAUCCAAUAACAAUAAUACAUAGGUACAGUGGAACUUUGUUGUGGGAGAGGAAACUCAUCGCUGCGCGAGACAACAGCCGUAUCUCUCUACCAAACGUGGAAAUAUUUGUGUUAGGAGUAAAAUGAACAGUAUCAGUGGGACCGUCCUAAGGAAAAGUCGGCCGAUGGCGUACCUACAACGAAAUUCCGCCGUACGUUGAAAAGGCCUAAGCGUGCAAACACAUUGUUGUCCAAUGCUGUAUGUGAAACAUUAAUGUAGAAAUAAAGUGUCUAUAAUGUAGCGUAAACUAAAGCGUAAAUAACUGUGUACUCGUACGUCCGUGUAAUUUAUUCAAUUAUAGGCUCUAGUACAGUUCGUCAAUUGCGUGCCUAACAUUUUGAUAGGGAAUGGGGAAUUAACGUUUCAAUAAUUUCAUAAUCGUUUUACAAAAAAUUCUUUGUUAAAUUUGCAGUGUUGAAAAAUGUUUUUUCUCAAGUGAUUUAUUUUUUUGUUACAAAUGAUGCAACCAAGUCUCUCGUUUAAAGCAUUUCGCCUACAAUUAUAUUAUAUAAAGAAAAUAAAGAUGAAAUAAACUAUUACGAAUAUUUAAAGAAAUAAAUAGCGAAGGUCUAUCUAGCCUGUGAUUCAGGCUACGUGCCUUGUUUUAUACUAGAAUAAUAUAAUCUAAAGGCAAAUAAUUAAGGUGUGACGAGAGAGUGCGUUCACACGAUACACCGUGUCGAAACCGGAAUACCUUUGAAAUCAUAUUUUCAUUCGGAGAUUUUCAUUCAGAGGUGUACAAAACAGGUGGUCAUGGCAAUUAGCAUCACGCGGGAAAGUGACGCAACUCUCUCUCACUCUCUCUCUCUUUCUCUCAGUUUCAACUUUCUUGAUCUGCCUGAUUAUUAUUCGUAUUUAAUUUGAAAAACAGCCGAUUUUUUUUUUAUCAAAUUAACUAUUGUUCGAGUCAACCACGACGUUCCCAUCAUUUCCCGAACCCGGCUGUACCCGCGACUGCUUUAAGCUGUCCAGAUAUUCUUGCUGCGAAGUCGCAAGAACUUGGGAUAGAAUGUCACUGUCUUCCCAGUCAGUCAAACC